UGCUCGCCGACGAUUGUGGAGCCGCUACGUUUACUCGCAUGUAGGACGUACGGUGCCUGCCUGUGGUGCAAGGCGGUGACAGUAUCCGAGCUGUCAACGUUUACAACCACACCACAAACUCUCUAACACACGCAACACACACGUAGGCUACAACACGCACGCACACAUAACACACACGCACACUCAGCGGGACCUGAAAACAAACCCAGACAGGAAAUCAACGCCCAUAAAUAAUAUCGGAGCAUACCGGAGUGGGCGGGAAGAUGGGUUUUAGUUUUACCAUAUGUCAAUGGUUUUUACACAGAAGGGCGUGGCUUGUACACGAUUUUUUUUUUUACAUUCAAAUCGGUUUGUAAAUAGGCGUGGGAAGAAGCAUCUCGUAAAGAAAAGUUAACAAAAAAAGCUCCACAAGAUAACGGUAAUUGAAUAUAAAAGGGAAUCACUAAAACUGUACAGUAUUUGAGAAUAGUCUUAUACUCUCUCAGAAAUAUUAGGCUAUAUUCUUGUUAAAAUCUUAUAUAGAUGUCCUAUUACAACGGCUUAUUUGGCCAUUAAAAAAAGAUUAAGUCACACAUUUACGAGAAAAAAAAAACUUAAUAUUCUCUUUUUCAAAAAGGUAAAACAAUACUAAAAAAGUGAAUAUACAAUUGUGUGAUAUAACAGGCACACGUAGGCUAUCACAUAAAUCGUCUUUUACUCGUGUAGGCUAUAAUAGUUGCCAAUAUUAACUGCACGUUAAAAUGGAAAAAAGAUGGAACUAAUCAUAAAGCUUCUCGAGCCAUAUUUGUCAAAUGUUCUAAUAGGAAUCCCAAUUCAGUGCGCGCGUUCGGUUUUAGAACCCCGUGCACCACAUUUCAGACUCUUCACUGACCUGUGGAUACAGCUGUGAAUCCGCAUCACAAGUGGAGUUAUACAAGACCAGAAAACACUGGAACGUAUUGACUGCUGCAGGCUACAACAAAUAAGGUGAUGUUUUCACUGUUUUCUUCUCAGAAAACGAGAUCACCAGCAGACAUGAUGAGAUCUCCCAUGGUGCUCAUGUAUUUCCUCCUCAUCAUGAGUGAAGGCCUUGCAGUAAGCAACAGGCCCCGCAGGAGUGUUUCCUUUCAAGACAUGAACUUGAAACAGUUUAAAGAGUCCGGCUUUAGUAGCUUGAGCUCUUUGAUGAUACGUGACGACAUCGGCCAGCUUGUCGUCGGAGCCAGAGGAAAAGUGCUCAUCCUCAGCUUGGAUGACAUCACCGAAAAGACCAGCGAGGCUAAUUGGACGGUCAGUUCAGCAGACAAAGCCCUCUGUCAAAUGAAGGGCAAGCACACUAAGGAAUGUGAUAACUUCAUCCGGACUCUACACACAAUGGAGGAUGGUAAAAUGCUAGUGUGUGGGACAAACGCUUUCAACCCUGAAUGUGACUACAUGACUUUCACAAAUGGAAGCGUCUCUCUGGAGGGAAAUAAGCAUGUGGGUAGGGGUAAAGUUCCUUAUGACCCCGACCAACGCUUUGCUUCCCUUAUGAAUGAAAACACUUUGUACUCGGCCGCCUCCUCCAACUUUCUGAGCACAGAACUGGUGUUUCAGAAACAUGGACUGAACCCUCUCAAGACUGAAAUGACACGCUCCUGGUUCAAUGAGCCUACCAUGAUUUCCGUAAGCCUUGCUGAAGCGAGCAAAAACAGUGAGGACGGUGAAGAUGACAAGGUAUUCUUGUUCUUCACUGAAACCGCUGUAGAGGAACAUCAUGACAACAUCCAGGUGUCAAGGAUUGCCCGGGUGUGUAAGAGUGACUUGGGGGGCGAAAGGACCCUGCAGAGAAAGUGGACUUCUUUCUUAAAGGCCCGUUUAGACUGUCCAUUUGGCGGUGCUGGCUUGUCACCCCUGGUCCAGGAUGCUUUCCUUCUCCAAGAUCCAAAUAACUGGAGGGAUAGCACCUUCUACGCCACAUUCACCGCCAACUCGGAGUCCUCCGGUGCUUGCAGCCAGUCUGCUGUCUGUGCAUACAAGCUGUCAGACAUCAGCCAGGUGUUCAACGGGAGGUUUUUGGCUGAGAUGGAUACUGGGAGCUGGGAAACAUACACAGGAGAGGAGCCAUUCCCUCACCCUGGUUCAUGCAUUAACAAUGAACUGCGGGCCAAAGGUGUGAUGAGCUCUCUGGACCUCUCCGACAAAGCCCUGCUGUUUGUGAAGAGCCACCCUCUGAUGGACGGGGUGGUCACACCGAUAGCUGGCAAGCCUCUGCUGGUCCGCACGGGGAUACGAUUUUCCAAAAUUGUCGUGGACCAGGUCACAUCACUGGAUGGACGACGGCAUCAAGUCAUGCUUAUUGGCACAGACUCUGGUUGGCUGCAGAAGGCAGUGAGGUUUGAUGGUGAGGACGGCCGCGUCAUCGAGGAGCUGCAGCUGUUUCAAACUCCUCAGCCAGUCAACUUUCUCCAGCUCUCCUUCAGAACAGGCCAGCUGUACAGUGGCGUCAAUAACAUUGCUGUUCAAGUUAAUGUAAGGGACUGCAGCCGCUACACAUCGUGCGAUGACUGCCUUCUUGCCAGAGACCCAUACUGUGGCUGGGACAAGUUUAGAGCCCAGUGUGCGUCUGUUGUUGGCGCACUACUCGGGUCUAUGAUUCAGAGUUUGACAGAUGGAGACAUCCAGAUGUGCCCAAUCACCGAGUUGAAAAACAAACCUGCUGUUGUCUACCUCAUCCCUGGGUUAGUGCAGUUCCUCCCAUGUUCCCCUGAGACAAACCUCCCGAUCAGCUGGCACCUCUCUGAAAGCAUCCUCCUUACCGGUCCCAGACACACUGUACUUAGCCAGGGUCUCAUCAUCAGACCCACCGAUUCUGAUUCUGGCAUUUACACCUGUGAAACCGUGGAAACAGUAAAGGGGAAAGUGCACCGGAAGACUGUGGUCCAGUACUUUGUCGAAGUUCAGGACACUAACACUCUUUUCAGGACAAUGAGGGUGGCUGUAAUCACCUUGGCUGACUUAGCCUGCUUGCUGAUGUUGCUCAUAUGCAGCGCCCUUGUGAUCAGACACCUAAAAGCAAAAAGACAAAAUCACAUCGGUUGUGGCAACCAAAACAACAACAACAACAACAACAACAAUCAAAUGAUCAUUGUAAAGCCUUUUUGUCACUAUGACCAGAGUUUGGAUCGACACAUGGAGGAAGGGUUGGUUCACUGUGACCAGGCAGGGGAGCAGAGUGUGGAGGCUGGAAAUGUUAUAUCUAUACUCGUUCUCCCAGAAUGCCCUGUGGCAAAAGCGGCUGAGGAGGAGUUGGAGGCAGACAAUGACAACAGGUGCACAUUUAUUGAGACCACAGGAUGAUCCCCUCCUUUUACAAUUAGCAUGUAUGUUUCAAUAAACACAAAAAAUAAAACAAUACAAAUAAUA